UGCUGUCUGUUGUUUCCUCCACGCAGCAGCCUGCUCGCUUCUGCUGCAUGAAUGACAACGGCUAAUGAUUAAAUUCGCGUCUCUAAAUAACACAGUAGGACAAAUACAGUCAAUAAAGCCAUGUCCUCAGACGCUGUGAAGAAGCGAAAGCCGAAGGUCAUCCGUAGUGAAGCAGGGACUCCGGAGACCAAACGUGGCCGAGCAGAAAGCGAACAGGAUGUGCGUGUGUAUAAUGAAGAAGUGGAGCUGGAGGACAGAGACCCGCAGCAGGACUACACGCUCUAUAAGGAAACGUGCGCCGCUCUGGCCAAACUCAUGGCAGAAAUCCAGGAGCUGAAGACCAGCGGCGCCAAAGAUGGAAGUGCUGAGAUCGAGUUGAGACGCAAACAGAGCAGCAUUCACUUCAUUACCCUGAAGAAACUCAAUCGCCUGGCGCAUAUGAGGCUGAAGAAAGGCCGAGACCAGACACACGAGGCGAAGCAGCGGGUGGAUGUUCUCCACCUGCAGCUGCAGAAUCUGCUGUAUGAGGUUAUGCACCUGCAGAAGGAGAUCGGCAAGUGUCUUGAGUUCAAGUCCCAGCAUGAGGAGAUUGAGCUGGUCAGUGAGGACGAGUUCUUCCAGGAUGCUCCGGCCGAGAUCUCACGGCCUCAGGUCACGCGGGAGGAUCAGCAUCAGCUCACGCUCGCUCGGCUGGACUGGGAACUGGAGCAGAGGAAGAGGUUGGCGGAGCAGUAUAAGACAUCUCUGUCCAGCAAAGAGAAGAUCCAGAAAGCCAUUGAGCAGAAGCGAGAAUAUCUGAGCAGCUUACAGCCCGGACUGCAGAACAUCAUGCAGGCGUCUCUCCCAGUGCAAGAGUAUUUGUCGAUGCCGUUCGAGCACAUGCAGAAGCAGGCAGAAGUGGCCCGUCACCUGCCGCCCCCUCUGUAUGUGCUGUUCGUCCAGGCUGGUGCUUACGGACAGGCCUGCGAUAAAAAUCUGACUGUGAGCAUCCGUGGAGACGUGGAUGAAGCUAAAGCUCUUUCCAGACCACCCGAAGACUCGCAAGAUGAUGAAAGUGAUUCAGAUGCUGAAGAGGAGCAGCAGAACACGAAGCGCCGGCGGGCGACAGUAGGAGUUCAGCUGGAUGACAAGAGAAAGGAGAUGCUUAGACGCCACCCACUCUCCCUCUGCAUCGACCUCAAGUGUAAAGACAGCAGCGUCCUGCAUCUGUAUUUCUAUUAUCUCAUGAAUCUCAACAUUCUGACUGUGAAGACUAAAGUUUCUACAUCUGUGGAUCUGUCUGGAGCAAUCAGCGCAGGGGAGCUGUUGAACUCGGAGAGUUUGCUGAACUGUCUUUAUGCAUCCGAUCACGGCAAAGAGACGCCAAACCCUGCAAACCGCUACCAGUUUGAUAAAGUCGGAAUCACCACAUUUGCUGAUUACGUGUCAGAUCUCGGGCAUCCAUAUGUUUGGGUGCAGAAACUCAGCGGUCUGCAGUUCUCAUCUGAUUCUGCGCAGUCGGAGCUGUUGGGCAGUGCUCUGAGUGCCAGUCAUAUGGAGAAGAGCAUGAAACUGCUGCGAGGAAGAUUACAGUCUCGUCUCGCCCUGCACAAACAGUUUAGCUCACUGGAGCACAGUAUCGUGCCGGUCUCCAGCGAGUGCCAGCAUCUGUUUCCUGCUAAAGUGGUUUCAGGUCUCACACGCUGGACCAUGAUGAGCCACCAGGAGUUCACUGAGCUGAGUUUCGUGCAGCAUGUGUUGAAGGCCGGUCUGGUGUCCGAGACAGAUCUGUUCUUCAAGGCUGUAGUGGAGAGAGGAACAGCACGUCUGCUGGCCGCAGUGGUGGUGAACCCGCGUUACCCAGAAGUCACUCCGCUCUUCUCUCUGUCUCUGCUGUGGAAAGGCGAACGCAGCGGCCGCACCGAUGAUAACCUGCGGGCCAUGGAGAGUGAAGUGAACGUGUUUCGCACUGAGCUUCAGGGGCCACGUCCGGGUCUCCAGCUGCUGACCAAUCAGAUCCAGCGUCUCUGCAUGUGUCUGGAUGUGUAUCUGGAGACGGAGAGUCAAGUGUCUGAUGGGUCAGAGGGACCUAAAGAGUUUCCCAGAGAGAAGAUGUGCUUGCGGACUGCUAGGGGUCCGAGUCGCCUGAAACCCUUCAAGUACAAUCAUCCUCAGGGCUUCUUCAGUCAUCGCUGAAUCCAGAUCUGAAUAUCAGGACAAGGAAAGCUGCAUUAGUGUUAUUAGGAGAGGUUUUAACCCCUCUCUCAUUGUACCUUUUAUCUUUAUUUUUUCACCUGUUUCCCAUUUCGCUCAGAUAAUGUGAAUUAGAAAAUAAAACUUUUGACCCUU